GCUCGACUGCAGUUCAAUUCGCGCAUCUCUAGUUUGUACUAAAACAUUUCUUUUAUUUCUGUUUCCGAACCCUCACGCACGUUGCGAAAUGGAGCCGGGCAUUUGUUACAUUAAGCCGGAGUAUUUGUUAGCUGAACCUAAUGGUGACCGGAGAAGCGAAAUAAAUACGCCCGCUGAUGGAGAAACAAACAAAAGAAAACACCUGGAAAACGCAGAGGAUACAAGCGAGCCCAAAAGUAAACGUGGAAGUGGCAAAAAAGAGCGCAAGCGUGGCCAGAAUAAAAAUCGCCCUGUGUUCAAAGAUGAGCGCUACUCGCAUCUUUGCCACUCACUGAUAGAUGGCGCUGGCGGCGCACCAUGUACUGUACCUAAUUGCCGUUACGUCCACGAUCUUGAGGCUUUUAUCGAAGCCAAAGGUGCGGAUUUGGGUGAGCAGUGUUAUGUCUAUUCCACCAAGGGCUAUUGUGGCCGUGGCAUCACAUGCCGUUUCGCCAAAUCCCACACAGAUGAGAAUGGACAAAACAUGAAGAAGCCGAAUUACGACGAAAAUACGGCGCAGACUACGUGCAACGGCAUCAGCUCAGAGCUGCAGGUGCGUCUGCGCAAGCAUGACUACGACUUCAGUCGUAGCAAGGAGUUGAUAAAGAUGGCGGAGAAGCUCAGAGAUGAAAAUAAGAAGAAUCGACAGCAGAAGGAAGAGGAGGUGCAGGACCAGAAGCAACAGAAGCUGGAGGACAAGGGCAUAGAAAGUAAGGAAAACCAGCAGCAGGAUGAGCAGCUAAUAGAAUCGAUAGAAAAGGAAGACGCAACAGUGGAGCAGUCAACGGCGAGUAAAGCUAUUGGCUGUGCUAUAAGUGAAGCGCCAGCCGGACGUGAUGCUCAAAGAAAGCCCGUCAUCGACUUUCGUGAGAAGCUGUUGCUCUCCCCGCUGACCACAGUGGGCAAUUUGCCCUUUCGGCGCAUCUGCAAAGAAUUCGGCGCAGACAUCACCUGUGGGGAGAUGGCAUGCGCUGUGCCGCUGCUCAAGGGUCUCGGCCAGGAGUGGGCGCUGACCAAGCGCCAUGAGAGCGAACAAAUCUUUGGCGUGCAACUGUGUGGCAACAACCCGAAUGUGAUCAGCCAGGCGGCACAAGUGCUGCACGAAACAGCGCGGAUUGACUUCAUCGAUCUGAAUAUAGGCUGUCCCAUUGACCUGAUCUACCAGCAGGGCGGCGGUAGUGCACUGAUGCGACGCACCAAUAUACUGGAGCUAACUGUGCGCAGUUGCUCAGCGCUGUCUGAUCGACUGCCUUUUACUGUGAAAAUGCGCACAGGUGUCUAUGCAGAUAAGAGUGUUGCCCACGAGCUGCUGCCGCUGGUGGAGCAAUGGGGCGCCGCGGCUGUUACCAUGCACGGACGUUCGAGAGAGCAGCGAUACACACGCCAAGCCAACUGGACGUACAUUGAGGAGUGCGCCAAGCAAGCCAAGCACAUGCCCGUUAUUGGGAACGGCGACAUACUGAGCUACGAAGACUAUGUGGAGCGACGUGCUCUAGCUCCCCACGUUAGCUCUGUGAUGAUUGGACGUGGUGCAUUGAUCAAGCCCUGGAUCUUCCAGGAAAUCAAAGAGCAAAAAGCAUGGUCCCCCACGUCAACGCAACGCUUCGAGUUGCUGCGUCGCUACUGCAACUAUGGACUGGAGCACUGGGGCUCCGAUACAAAAGGCGUGGAGAGCACCAGACGCUUUCUACUCGAAUGGCAAUCGUUCCUUUAUCGCUACAUACCUGAGGAGCUGCAGCAGUCGCCACCACAGAAAAUCAAUGCCAGGCCUCAAAAGUAUCGCGGACGCGAUGAAAUGGAAACACUGAUGAGCUCUGGCAAUGCCUCCGACUGGGUACGACUCAGCGAAAUGCUACUUGGUCCUGUACCCCAAGGAUUUAGCUUUGUGCCCAAACACAAGGCCAAUUCCUUUUAAGAAUAAGCCAAAUUACAUAGGAGAAUGGAAUUCAAUUGUUGCAAAUCCUAAGUCUAAUUUGACCUGCGGUUAGACAUUAGGAAUUGCGCAUUAUUUGUUAACUAUUAAUGUUUGCUACUGUAUUGUUAAUAUAAGACUAUUU